AUGGUUCUGACGCUGGGUCAGGAAGUGUUGCAUUAUCUGCGACAGCUGCAAGCCUCUGUCCAGCGACUCGGAAUUGGCUUGUGCCGCCCCGACACUGCUGCUCUCCCCUUGCACUAUCUGUCUAAACUGUGUCUCCAGGUCGUCGAACCGUUUGUUCGUCAGAUUCUGGAUGUCAUCGAGACGCUUGUCGAUAUGCGCCUGCAGGAUCUGCGUGAUGUCCUGGGUGCUGCUGCCGUCCUGUGCGGGAUGACCAAUGGCGGCCUCGCUGGUGCUGCUAGGGCGGAGCACUUCGAAUUCGUCGUCAGAUUGUUCUUGGUGAGCAUGCAUCCUGCAGUCAGUUAUCGAGCUGGCGAGGACUAUGGAUGGCAGCUGACGUGGCCCUUGUCAGUGCCUAUGUAUACCCGCCCUUAUCUAGGUUCGCAAUCGGAACCCGCCCUGCGUCAUCGCGAAGAUGACGAGCUUAUCCGGAUCCCAGGGCAUUUCGCGUGGAGGUUCGUCGCGCGCGCGAACCAGCGGCUGGUCAACCGGUGA